CCUUUUUUUUGGAUUUUCCGAACAGUAGUGGGUCGGCAAGACGAUAGGGCAGUAUGGCGGCAAGCUUCUGCGCCGGCCCCGCCGCCUCCGCCGCAGCAAGACCUAGCUCCGCCGGCCGCCGCCGCCUCCAGACCCUAGCUCCGGCUGCCGUGCUACCUGCUCGAUGGAGGCCCGGCCGGCCGGCUCCCGCCUUGCUCUCCCUCCGGCGCCCCAAUGCCGAGCUGCGGCCGCUCCGCGUCGGCGCCGGCGCCGGCGCCGGCGCUGACCCGAAGAUUGUCAAUGGGGAAGAUUUUCCUCCAAUGAAAGACCUAAUUCAACUAUACAAGACAGCUUUUCUAGAUGGAAAUGAUGAGGUUCUUGGCGAAGUUGAGAAGGCAAUCACUGCUGUGGAAGAAGAGAAGAGUAGGGCAGCUUCUCAGUUUGAAAGUAUGACAGCUGAAAUAUCUUCUGGGAAGGAAAAGUAUCUUCGCUUAAAUGCUGAUCUGGAGAAUUUCCGGAAGCAAGCUGAAAAGGAGCGUGCAAAGUUUACAUCGAAUAUACAAGUGGAACUUGUUCAGAGUCUGUUGUCACUGGUUGAUAGUUUUGAGCAGAUGAAUUUAGAUAUCACCCCAGAGACUGAUAAGGAGCAGACAAUUAGCACAAGCUAUCAAGGCAUAUACAAGCAGUUAGUUGAAACGUUAAGAUAUUUGGGUGUAGGAAUCGUGGAAACAGUUGGCAAGCCAUUUGAUCCUUCGGUACAUGAGGCCAUCGCACGAGAAGAAUCCAUGCAAUUCAAGACAGGGAUUGUCUCCCAUGAAGUCCGCCGAGGGUUCCUUCUGAAGGAGAGGCUGCUAAGGCCUGCCACUGUGAAGGUCUCAACUGGCUCUGGCAAACAAAGCGCAAGCUUGGUGGAGGAGGCCAAAGAUGCCGCUGUCUGAAUCCGGUUGAAACAAUCAGCAGCAAUUGAUAGACAAAGCAUCAUUCUUUUUGAGCUACUUUUUUCUGAUUAUAACAUGGUGGAGGCAUUUGAUUUCAAAUGAAAGGCAUGUAUACACAUUAUGGUGUUACGAGUUAGCACCAGCUUGAAGUUUUGCUGUUGCUGUAAUCUGCUGGAGUUUUUCCACCAAAUCUGUGAACCAAUAGACACAACCAGAUGUACUGACUUAUUGUUGCCUUCUCCAUUUACGAGCAGUAAAGCUACCGUCUGGAUUAGAUUUUGCUUAA